AUGGAGCUCGACAUCUACUGGAUUACUUUUCUGACCCUCCUUCCAACUGUUAUCCUUCUCCUUGGACGCAACUUGUUCCUCAAAGCCCUCACAUUCAUCAUCAGACUAUGGGGACGCCCCGAACAGCAGGAGCCUGCCCAGCGGCUCGGCGAAAAACUGGACCCGACCAGUUCCCUCCUCUCCACGGACGAGAAGACAACAGGUCUAUCCACAAUAUCACCACCCACCCAGCUCUCGAAGCAUCAUGAAAUCGCCCAAUUUCACAAAACCUUCCUCCCUAUUUAUCUUCUGGUAAUGUCCUCGGAGUGGCUCUCCGGACCUUACCUGUACCCGCUGCUCCGCGACGACCGCGGCCUCCCCGAAUCCACCGUCUGCGCACUCUACGCCACGGCCUACACCUCCGCCGCUGUCUCCGCCCUGGUCACGGGAUUCCUCGCCGACCGCUACGGGCGACGCAAGGCCUGCCUCGCCGAGUGUGUUAUCCACUCCGUAGCGUGUCUGACUGUCAUUUUUGGUGGGGACAGUCUUCCUGUUCUCUUCCUGGGGCGCGUCCUGGCGGGCACAGCGCUCACCCUGUUGUGGACUGUGUUCGAGAGUUGGAUGGUGACGGAGUGGAAUGCUAGGGAGCUCAAUGGUGAGGGGGAGAGUGGCGGGGGAGAGAUGAGCCGCAUGUUUGGGCUCAUGACAACGGCGAACUGUAUGACUGCUAUCGUCGGUGGGGUGGUGUGGCCUUUUGGCGUCGGAAUCGUCAUGGAAGGCAUUGCGGCGGUCUUGAUGCUGAAAACAAUGAAUGAAAAUUAUGGUGUAAAGAUUGAGGAGAGAGAUGAUGGAGUGAAUUCAACUCCAGAGAUGACUGGACGUGGGCGUAUUGGUGGUGAGCCCAUUUCUUCUCCCGCUUUCUUUCCCCUUCAUAUAAACAACAUGGUUUUCUUCUCCGUUCGGAUGCUGACAGACAUUCCUCAAGAUGGUCGCCUCUGGGCUCUGGCUCUGGUGACCUGCUGCUUCGAAGGAACCAACUUCCUGGUGGUGUUCUUCUGGCCCAGCGUCCUCCAGGACGCCCACAACGAGGCACUUGACAUAGCAGGGGAGAUAUACACACCCCAGCUCCACGACGUCCCCUACGGCGUCGUGUUCGCCUCCUUCAUGGCCGCCAUGAUCCUCGGAGCGCUGCUCUUCAGCGCAUACUCUGGAUCGAACCUCUUUCGAGAGGCUGGAGCCAGCGCUGCUAGGUCGCCCGUCUGUCUGCUCAUCAGCGCCGUAAUCAUCGCCAGUCUGAGUCUGCUCAGCCUGAGCGCGUUGAGGGGCGAGGUUGCACAGUUCUGCACUUUCUUGGUGUUCGAGGUUGCAAAUGGCGCAUACAUACCUAGCAUGGCGUACAUACGCGGCUUGGUAGUCGACGACAGGAGUCGAACAGGCCUGUACGGGCUGAUGAAGGUCCCCCUGUUCUUGUUCGUCAUACUCGCUCUAGGCAUCACGGCUGAGGAUGCUUUGACAAUAGCGCAAGACGGGUGA